AUGGCAGGUACUGUCCAUCGCUACCACCGUUUUGGUGGAAGAGGAUACCGUCAAAGGGUGUGUGUUGAGCGUGCACAACAACUGGAGCAAUACACCACUGAAGAACUGUAUGAUCGAUUUCGCUUUGGGAAUGCUGAUAUUGAGUACAUUGCAGACCUUGUCAGGCCAAACCUUCAACGGAGAACCCGAAGGAGUCACAGUCUGUCUGUGGAAGUACAGGUCCUCAUUGGUCUGCCCUUCUAUGCGUCUGGCACUUUCUACCAAGUUGUUGGUGACAAUAUAGGAGUGGACAAAUCAACUGUGAAUGAUGUAGUGAAAGCUGUGUCAAUUGCAUUGGCCAGCCUGGUCAAUCAGUUUGUUUCACUUCCAAAGGAUGUCCAGAUUGCCCAGACAAAGCACAAGUUUUUUCUUUUGGGGAACAUGCCCAAUACUAUUGGGGUUAUUGACUGCACUCAUGUGCAUAUCCAAGCACCUCAUGAGAGGGAUUGGGAGUACAUCAACCGAAAGGGGAGGCGCAGCAUCAACAUCCAACUUGUCUGCGAUGCUGACCUCAUCAUCACAAACUGUGUCGUGAAGUGGCCUGGACUAAUCAGACAGAUGAGAAACACGGUGAAAGCCCAUAUCGAUGACCAGAAGAAAUUGGAGUUGAAGUUGGCCGAACUGAAGGACAGAUCGAGAAUAAAUAAUGUGCGUAUCAUUGGACUGAAAGAGGGCAGCGAAAAAGAUGAUCCAGUUGGAUUCUUGCAAAAUCAGUUGCCAAAAUGGAUACCCUCCUUACGGAACAGGGCUACCAUUGAAAUUGACAGGGCGCACAGGAUCUACGGUAAGGGUGCAACUACGCGCACGCUGAUUGAUUCCAACGCAACACUGCGCAUUAAGCCUGACUACAGCGCUUUCACCGUCCAACGGUGCCAGGAAUUUAUAGGAGUGCAGAUUAGGUUGCAUGCUAAAGACAUCCCAAACUUUCUUAUUUAUCCGGCAUCUCUGAGAGUAAACCACAGAGGGAGAACGCUCACAUUCACUGCUCCCGAGGAAGCGGACAGGCUCUGUCCAGAUCUGGAUAUGGAGGAGGGGGACGUGGCGCCCGCGCGGGGUGCUUCGCGACCGGAUCAGGAGCUGUCAUCGGGCCCGGAGGGCGGCGUGGAGGCCUCUUGUCCGGUGUUUGCCGAAUUAUAA